AUGCCUGCCCUCACAGUUCCACCUGUCGCUCACUGGGUCCCCGCACCUGUCACAAAGCAGGAGAUCGAAUUCGCCGAUCUUGCGGUCAUCGAUCUCUCCAAAACCAAGACACCAGAGGGCCGAGCGGAGGUGGCUAUCAUCGCCCGCGAUGCUAUGCACAAGCAGGGUUUUUUCUACGUGAUUAAUCACGGGCUGGACAAAGCAGAGGUCGACCGUAUGAUCGACAUCGCUGCUGUACCGUUCCAGCAAGUAGCAGACGAAGAAAAACGGCGUUAUGAAGCUAGGAUUAAGCAGACAGGCACUUACUACGGCUAUAAGCUGCCUCAAUACUGGCACAUCUCGAAUGGAGUCAAAGACAGAAUUGAACAUUAUAAUUUCACCCGAGACGUCUCUCUGAGGGAGCACCCUACUGCUCUGCGUCCAUUCUUACCAGAGAUUCAAGACUUCAUCGAGUUCACUCAUAAGAAGGUCAUGAACGAAGUCGAGAGCUUGCUUUCACUCGGCCUUGAGCUUCCGGAGAAUACGCUACCAGACCUGCACCCUUAUGACGAAAGCAACCACUCUUUCUUCAGGUUCAUGCUUUACAACCCUCGCUCUGAGGAUGAAGAAACAAAGACAGGAGGCGUUUGGAUGAAGGGGCACGCAGACCAUACCAGUCUUACAGCAUUGUGGAGUCAACCUGUCACUGCUUUGCAGAUCAUGGAUCACGAUGGCAAAUGGCGAUUCAUCAAACACGUAGACAAUGCCUUGGUCAUCAACUGUGGAGAUUUUACCGAAUAUCUCUCUGGUGGCUAUUAUAAGUCCGCCAUCCACCGUGUCAUCCAGCCUCCUGAGGAUCAACAUGGGUACAAGAGACUCGGCCUCUAUUACUUCCAUUACACGGCCGACGAUGUGCGCUUGAGUCCGUUGUUGGAGAGUCCUGUCUUACAGCGGGAGGGCAUCUCCAAGAAACUCGAGGGCGAGGCACCGACGAUGCAUGAUUGGAGGGUCGGGCGCACGGCCACUUACGGGGUUUCUGAGCUGAAGAAAGAUGCAGAUCAAGGGAUUGAGUAUGAGAUCGUGAAUGGCGCCCGUGUCAGGCAUUAUAACUAGUCCUCCCAUAUGUGAAAUUGUCGACCCGCUGAUGUAUGUGUUUUGUUCAAGUUCGGAUAGUGACGCACUUUUGUAGGCUUUGACCAGCAAUGCCCCGAAAACACGCUGAGUAGCGUUACUUUUUACC